AUGUUGGGUCGCUUGUUUAAACAACAGUCAACCCCAACAUUGAAUAAUCAACAUCUACCGAAUGGUGGUAAUCACAAUCAAAUUCAUAAUCAUAUUAAUAAUCAAACUGUGCCACCAAAUGUCAAUAACAUAAACUCCUAUAACUCUAGUGCCAAUAGUUCCAGCAACUCGUCAAUCCACACCCCCGGUAACCACGGCGGAAGCGCUCCUUCCCUUAUUCCCAACUCGUACGAUGAUUCGUAUAUGAGGGAAAUCCUAUAUGGAAUUAGCGAUCCACUCAAACCAUUCCCCUAUAGUACUAAGUUGUUCCGAAUAGUCAUCUGCCAGGACGGGGGGUCCUUGAGAUCUAAACAAAUCCUAUUUGACUCUGCUUUCGGUGCAACUGCAUCGGAACCACUUGCAACUAAGUCACCUCCCAUAAGCAGAAGGGAUAGUGGGAACCUCAAGACGAUACUUACUCCUCAGAACCAAAAAUUGCAUCAUAACCUAAACGACUUGAACGAUUAUAUGUUUGGAUGUGGGAUACCAACGAAUGAAUCCCAAUCAAGCACCAAACUACACAUAUUGAAUAAUCCGAGCGGAACAUCAGCACUGACGCCUACUUCUACUGCAAACACGAUGGUUCUCAUAUCAAGGCUCUUUUCCAUCUCAGAUGAAUUACCUACAACUACAAACUCAUCAGAUUGGAAUCCGGCAGCUACCCUUCCCAUCAAAGAGGCAUCUAUACCGAGGAAGUUGCACUCGAGAUUCUCCAUCGGACUUGUUAUACCCAUAGAAAACGAUCAAAUCACAGACGCAAUACUCCAGAACUGGAAUGAGAUUAGCCAUUUUCUUAUAAUACUUCAAAAAAUGAUAACGAAGAAGCUAAUUCAUAUUUUGGAAUCCACACCGAAUUCAUCUAAUAGUGGAAGUCUUUCAUCAAACUCAACGCCGCUGUCAUAUUCCACUUCGAUUUGGACGUGUCCGUUUGUUUCCAAUAAAAGGAUUCAAUUCCCAUCGCAUAUUCUCCAGUCGGAGUUAGACUUGAAUAAUCAGGUUUUCAAGUUGAUAAAGCUUAUGAACUACAACUCAAAUAUCCCUAGACUAAUAAACUUGCAUCAAGUGAUGCUUAAAAAUCCAUCAAAUCCAAUCGUGUAUAAUUGGAUUUCCGAAAUUUUGAACUGGACAGAGUUCAAAGAUGGUAAUAUCUCAUUCUUGGCAAGUUUAUUCUCGAUCGUGUUAACGAUGAGACACGGAUUGAAGAGAAAACCUUUAGAUGGAGUUAUUGAGAGUGACAAGAAAAGUAGAGAUAUUUCUAGAAUAGUUAUCAUGACGGGGAACCCAAUGGUUGCUAAAAAGUUGAUCUUCAUUAUUAACGGAUUGAUACCUAACAUUGAAAUAAACCAAGUCGAAGAUGUCUCAAAGAAAAGCGCAGUUGAAGAAGAGGAAAUAAGUAGAGUUGGAUGUAUUUCGCCAUCACCUGCAACCCCCCUGGCCAGAGCGGAUAAGGUUAUUGUUGAUGUCGAUGACGCUACCGAUUCUGGUGAUGAAACUGACCAGUUUUCGUUUGACCCUCCACCUAGAGGAUUGGGAGCUGGUGAUGGAAGAAGAGGGGGCGCUGGAAGUAUUUUUUCCCUGACGUCCCCCAAACCUAUCCCAAUCCGUCAACCAUCAGUGAAUUCUGGAUCAUUGGGCUCUCCGGAUUCGAUUAAAGGAUGGGAGAUUCCUUCUUCCUACAAUGGGUCAACCCUUGGUAAACCUAGAAUCGAGACUGAUACGAAGGUUAUCCCCAUAGUUCAGCAGGCGCCAGUACACAGAAACUCAUUAUCUAAAAGUCAAUCUAUGGCUUACCUAUCAUCGUCAUUAAAUAGUUCUUUGUCAUCGUCUAUAUCGAACUAUUCAUUAACAAAAUUGAGUGGAAGUUUCCUUGAAAAAUGGAAGAACUUUGGAACAAGUGGUGGAGGUAAUGGCGCGAGUUUUGGAAAUGGAAGCAUGAAUGGAAGCAGCUAUGGUAAUGGUAAUUAUGGUACGGGCUUUGGAGUAACAGGAAAUAAUGGCGGAGGGGCAUAUGGCAGUUUUAACGAACCGAACAUAAACAAACGUGGAAGUAUUGCCUCCCUUCGUUCGCCUCCUUCUCCUGCAUUGGAUUCCGAAGAGUUUUUCAAUACCUACGGUAAGAUCACCAAUCCAUCGAUCUCUGCGCAUAAGAAUUUGUCGCGGACUCAAUCUAUGUUUGAUAUCAACGAAGGAUUGACAACCAGCACACCUCCAUCUUUGCAACAGCAUAUAAUACGUACGAAUACUAGUAUUUUGGUUAAAGAUAAUGGAACACUAACUGGAGGAGAUAGCAUCAAUCCUAAGGGCUCAAAUUUCAACCAGGAGUUAAUCAAAACAAGAUGCUUGUCUAUCAUGAAAUCGAGUCCGAAAUACUCGAGUGACGUAGAGAAUGAAAAAACUUUGACAGUGGAAGUAAACGAAGAACGAGAUUCUUUAAUAGCCAGGAGAGGGUUAUUACCAAACGUAGCAUUUUCUGAUGAAUUCAGACAAGAGUUUUUGAUACAAUCAUGUCCUAUUAACCCCAAACUAGAAUCUUUGGUUAUGAAUGCAAUGAAGAACGAUUUAUUAUUCUUCCAGAAUAAUUGUCAAGUGGAACAUGUGAAUUCAAAAACAUUAUUUAUUAGUUUACGAGCAAGAGAGAUAAAAUUGAUAGAAAUGAGUAAUGGUGAAAGUAACCACCAAUUGGGUAAUGAUAACGAAAAUCAUCAUCAUCAUCAUCAUAAUAAUAAUAAUAACAACAACAACAACAAAUAUAAUAAUUAUAAAACAACUAUUAGGAAGAUUUUCACUCCACAAAAGAAUUGUGGGAACAAGGAGAGAAUUGCUAGUAUCGAGGAGAAGUUCCGAGCAUUGAAUUAUGCAUUUGGAUGUACGAACGGCGAGAGAGAACGUGAUAAUGAGAGGCUUUCGAGAAUAGUUGUAGACUUAAUACAGUAA